AUGUCGACUGACCCCAAAACCGAAGCGAAAUGCUCAGAAUCAAAGGAUCUGGCGAACAUGGAGACGCUGCACUUGGAUCGAUGGCCUCAGAGUCCUCGUAAGAUCGAUUUUAUUGAUGAUUAUGGUUCCAGGUGUCAUGAUAAAGGCUCGCGUGAUCUACCUCUUACGUUAUUUGGGAGUGGCACCUGCUGAUUUAUCGCCCAGCAAAGAUACGUUCCAAGAGGCCGUCGAGUAUGUCCGGAGGGCAAAAAAUGUGAGAACUUUUUAUUUUACGCUGGCAUCUACUUAAGUAGCUACUUUUUUGGAUAUUUUUUAUUGCUUUGUUACAUAAUUUUUUUUAUUAUCGUUCAGCUAUACGGCAAAGUUUCCUAUAAAAAGUUGCAAAAGGUUCGACUCGAGAUCUCAGCGCAUUGCAUAAAUAUAGUCGAAGACAAAGGCGGUCUAGUCCUCAAUCACGCCGAUCUCGCAAAUGUGGCCACAUGUGGUGGAAAGAAGAGCUCGGUAAGUCAUUUUAAUGUUUCAAGUGUAAUAUUUUUAGGAUUUGGAUCGAGAAUUCUUUGUCUACGUUGCCCGAAAUGCCGGCAAAUUUGAAGCGCAUGUAUUUUUAUCGACAUAUUCCUAUUCAACAAUUACCUCGACCAUUCAAGAAGCGUUUGAAAUUCAUUAUUACGUAAGGAUAUAGAUUUGAUGACGUAAUCCACAAAUUGUAGCUCAAGACCCGACCUGAAGAAGAUAUUUACCAAAGCAAAGCGGAAUUACACACACAAAGGAAUUGCCUAGAAGAGGAGAACAGAAGAUUAAGGAAACGAGUGGAAGAACUUGAGAAAAUGAUGGGAAAUGUGAGAUAUAUCUAGCACGAUAUAACUUUUGACCAUUUUAGAGAAAUUUCUAUCAAAUCUUCCCCAAAGCUGAUGAGAAUGGACCUCAAAAUUAUUUUAAUUCGCUUCCGAGAGGCAUGGUGAGUCGUUUUUGAUCUGAUUUAAUUUAAUUUUUGAUUUGGCACAGUUUUUACAUACGAUUAUAUAAUAUAACUUUCUUCUAAGUUUAGAUAGAGAAACCUCCUCCACCUCCAACUCAAAGGGUUCCAACCCCGCCAGAAACCCCGAAUCUCAAUAAUCUCUCGAUUGGAGACUCACCAGGCACCUCGGGCAUAAACAGUACUAGUUCUACACCAAAAAGAGUAAUCGGCGAACUAAAAGAAAAGCUGAGCAAAAUGAAUGAAAGAGAAUCGUUGCUGAUUGUACCUAGUAACGGAAGUAUGAGCAGUGACUAUGGGGAAGUAAUCGAAUGUAAAAUACAAAAAGAAGGCGUCGAGGACAAGAUCUACGAAGAGAUUGGAGAAUAUUAUGACAGUACAUAUCUAAUCCCCAAAAGAAAAGAGGGGAAGCGUUGA